CUUUCCUCAGCUGCCGCUAAGGUGCUCGGUUCUUCCGAGGAAGCUAAGGCCGCGUUGGGGUGAGGCCCUCACUUCAUCCGGCGACUAGCACCGCGCCCGGUAGCCGCCAGCCUAGCACUCCCGCACCAUGGCCUCCGUCUCCGAGCUCGCUUGCAUCUACUCGGCCCUCAUUCUUCACGACGAUGAAGUGACCGUCACGGAGGACAAGAUCAACGCCCUCAUCAAGGCUGCCGGCGUCAACGUGGAGCCCUUCUGGCCAGGCCUAUUCGCGAAGGCCCUUGCCAACGUCAGCAUCGGGAGUCUCAUCUGCAACGUCGGGGCUGGUGGACCUGCUCCAGCAGCUGGUGCUGCCCCUGCAGGUGGACCUGCCCCCACCACCGCUGCUGCCCCAGCUGAGGAGAAGAAAGUGGAAGCAAAGAAAGAAGAGUCUGAAGAGUCCGAUGAUGACAUGGGCUUUGGUCUUUUUGACUAACUCCCUUUUGUAACAUGUUCAAUAAACAGCUGAACU